AUGAACUAAAAGAAAAGAAAACUUCUAAUCCUCACGAGCUCAAUGAAGACACAAUCUGCAGUGAGGAUCCAAUCUCUGUUUCCUGUUUUAUUGGCUUCCCUUCUUGUUUUAGGAACAGCACAGUUGGUCUUUGAUGGCUUGAAAAGCAGCAAAAGCUAUGUUUUUCAGUUCUACGGCAAUCCAGAGAAGCCAAGAAAAUCAGUUUUUGUAUUACCAGAAGAUCGGAUGGAUGAAAGUUGCAAUCUUUUUGAAGGGCAAUGGGUUUGGGACAAUGCCUCCUAUCCUCUUUAUGAAGAAGAUAGCUGCCCUUACUUGGUUAAACAAACGACUUGUCUAAAAAAUGGCAGACCUGAUUCUAUUUACCAGAACUGGAGAUGGCAGCCUCAUGCAUGCAAUCUACCUAGGUUUGAUCCGUUGAAGCUAUUGGACAUUUUGAGGGACAAAAGAUUGAUGUUUAUAGGAGAUUCAGUUCAAAGAGCACAGUUUGAAUCAAUGGUGUGUCUGUUACAAUCUGUGAUUCCCAAAGGGAAGAAAUCUUUAGAAAGAGUUCCUCCUAGGAAGAUCUUCAAAGCUAAGGAGUACAAUGCAACAAUUGAGUACUAUUGGGCUCCGUUCAUUGUAGAAUCUAUCUCAGAUCAUGCAACAAAUCAUACUGUACUUAAACGGCUGGUGAACCUUGACUCCAUAUCUAAACAUGGCAAGAGCUGGGAGGGAGUGGAUGUGCUGGUAUUCGAGAGCUACGUAUGGUGGAUGUACAAGCCUCAGAUCAAUGCUACCUACGGGUCCAUGGAGGAUGUUCAAGAAUACAAUGUCACCACUGCUUACAGAUUAGCAAUGGAAACUUGGGCAGACUGGUUAGAAUCCGCCAUUAAUCCUCAUCUGCAAAAGGUCUUCUUCAUGAGUAUGUCCCCAACACACUUGUGGAGUUGGGAAUGGAAGCCGGGCAGCCAUGGGAACUGCUUCAAUGAGUCAUAUCCCGUUGAAGGUUCAUACUGGGGCACAGGGUCUAACCUAGAUAUCAUGGAGAUAAUGCAUGAAGUUUUACAAGACCUUAAAAUCAAUGUCACGUUUUUGAACAUUACCCAGUUAUCAGAAUAUAGGAAAGAUGCUCAUACGACGGUUUUCGGAGAACGAAGAGGCAAGCUCUUGACAAAGGAACAAAGAGCUGACCCAAUGAAUUUUGCUGAUUGCAUCCAUUGGUGCUUACCGGGAGUACCUGAUACGUGGAAUGAGAUUUUGUAUGCAUAUUUGUUGCAAGCUUAUCAAAAUUCUUUGUAAACUCCAAAACACUAUUGCAUAUAGAAAAAGAAUGGAGAUGAACAUCAUCUACGAUGAUGGCUCAU